CAGAUUUCUGUCCUACGGGAUUGCGUGCCCAACUCUGGAUGGAUGGAAAUUGGAGGGAGAAGAGGAAGAGGCCCAGCAUUGAAAGGGUCCGUGAAAACCAACCGGUCCUAGCUCCCGUACGUACAUCCAGGCAGGCGGCUAGGCUACUGCUCGUGCGCACCAAGAAACGGCAAUGGAGAACAGCGCGUCGCCGGUGAUCAUCGUUGGGGCGGGGCCGUCGGGGCUGGCGGCGUCGGCGUGCCUGGCGCGGCGCGGGGUGGAUAGCAUCGUCCUGGAGCGGGACGACUGCGUCGGCUCGCUGUGGCAGAAGCGCGCCUACGACCGCCUCCACCUGCACCUCCCCAAGCAGGCAAGCGCGCUCCCCCACCUGCCGCACGCCGACGACGCCCCGGCCUACCUCCCUCGCGACCACUUCGUCCGCUACCUCGACGCCUACGCCGACCGCUUCGCCGUGCGCGCGCGCCUCCGCCUCCGCCGCGAGGUCCGCUCCGCGCGCUUCGUGGACGGCCGCUGGGAGGUGGAGGCCGUCCACCUCGGCACCGGCGACGCGGAGCAGUACACGGCGAGGUUCCUGGUGGUGGCCACGGGGGAGUUCGACGAGAAGGUGUUGCCCGAGGUGCCCGGGCUGGACACGUUCCCCGGCCAGGCCAUCCACGCCAGUGAGUACCGGUCCGCUGAGGGGAUGCGGGGAAAGGAGGUGCUCAUCGUCGGCUGCGGCAACUCUGGAAUGGAGAUCGCCCUGGACCUGGCCCAGGCCGGCGCCGCCGCCUCCAUCGUCGUCCGCGGCGAGCUGCAUCUCAUGACGAGGGAGAUCAUGAACGCGUCCACGGCGCUGUUUGCCUACCUGCCCGUCUGGAUGAUUGACCGGCUGGCGGUGUUCGCGUGCCGCGUCGUGUUCGGCGACACGGCCAGGCACGGCCUCCGGCGGCCUGACGUCGGGCCCUUCACCAGAAAGAUCCAGAGCAACAUCUACCCAGUCAUCGACGUCGGCACCUACGACAAGAUCAAGAGCGGCCAGAUCCAGGUGCUGCCGGCGAUCACGAGCAUCGAAGGGGACGUGGUGGAGUUCGCCGGUGGCAAGCGGCACCGCUUCGACGCCAUCGUCUUCGCCACCGGGUACCGCAGCACGGCAAAGAAGUGGCUCAAGAGCGACGACGGCGGGCUGAUCGGUGACGACGGGAUGGCGUCCGGGAGAUAUCCCAAGGGGGAGAACGGGCUGUACCGCGCGGGGCUGGCGGGGAGAGGGAUCUACGGCAGCGGCACAGACGGGGAGUUCAUCGCGGAGGACAUAAGCAGGCUGCUCCGGCAGGACUCCGGCGACGACGACGGCGAUGGUGUCUAGAGCUUGAUAGUAGAAGUCAUCACACGACCGGGUCCGUGCAUGUGCAGCUGCCUCGCAUUGCUCACGAGUCAGAGUGAUUACACGUACUACGGAUGAAUGCAUAUGGGAGAACGAGUGGUCAUGUUUCGAUUGUUUGUUGAUUGUAAAGGGCAUGUGUUGGGUGUGGCUAUCCGCUCCUUGUUGUCAUAUAUACAAGGAUUAUCACUCUC